AUGUUGAAGCUUGCCUCUGGUGUGCUGGCUGCCGUCGCGAUAGCCCAGGCCGCCACUCUUGAUGAUGUUUGCACAGCAUCACACGCGAAAGCCGCAAUUCCCAAAUACGGCGUGCUCCCAGGAAUUGUCACCACCGAUUCGGUGAUCACUGCCAACCCUGUGUAUAAUGUGACCGUCGCAGACGAGGUGUACUACCCCGAUGCCACUUUCGACUAUUGCAAUGUCACAAUGACCUACUCUCACAAUGGCAAGGAUGACAAAGUCUUGUUGAAUUUCUGGCUUCCAACCCCGGAGAAAUUCCAGAACCGUUGGGUCUCGACGGGUGGCUUCGGUUUUGCUAUCAACGUUGAAGACACCCUCCCCGGUGGUGUAAUCUACGGUGCAGCUACUGGUCGAACCGAUGGUGGAUUCGGUGGCUUUGAUACCAGUUUCGACGAUGUCUUUCCUCUCGCUAAUGGAACUGCCAAUAUGGAUGCUCUGUACAUGUUUGGUUAUCAGGCUCAUCAUGAGAUGUCGUCCAUUGGCAAGGCAUUCACCAAGAACUUCUAUGAUUUGUCCGACUCGAAGAAGCUCUACGCUUAUUAUCAGGGAUGCUCCGAGGGAGGUCGCGAGGGAUUUAGUCAAGUUCAGCGCUUCCCUGAGGAGUGGGACGGUGCCGUUAUUGGUGCUCCUGCCAUUCGCUACGGUCAGCAGCAGGUAAACCACUUGUUUCCACAGGUUGCUCAGCAGACCGCUGGCUAUAUCCCGCCCUAUUGCGAACUAGAGAAAAUCGUCAACCUUACACUCUCUGCAUGUGACCCUCUCGAUGGCAAGGUGGAUGGUGUUGUUUCACGAACCGACCUUUGCAAGCUUCACUUUGACUUCAACUCGACCAUUGGUGCCAGCUACCAUUGUGCUGCUACUUCUGCUACCCUGCGUAAGAGACAGAUGCCCUCCGCAGCUUCUCCUACCCAGAGCGGUGUUGUGACUAAGGAAGGUGCUGCUCUUGCUGCCACCAUUUACAAUGGUCUUGUGGAUAGUGAUGGUCACCAAGCUUAUUUCUGGUACCAAUAUGGAUCCGAGAUGACUGAUGCUGAGACUGAAUAUGACUCUUCAACUGGUAAAUGGGGUAUCGAUAUCUCCUCCCUUGGUGGCGAAUGGGUUGCUCGUGGUCUAGAGCUGGUCGAAGAGGAUAACCUCUCCACCCUUGACGGUGUCACAUACGAUACCCUCCGCGACUGGAUGCUGGAAGGGUGGCAACGCUAUGAAGAUGUCUUGCAAACCACAUGGGCCGAUUUGAGCCCCUUUGAAGCUGUUGGAGGCAAGAUUAUUUCUUACCACGGUGAAUCCGACAACAGCAUUCCUCCUGCAUCUUCGGUCCGUUUCCAUGAGUCUGUUCGAUCGACUAUGUAUGGAAACGAGUCUUUCCAGGAAAGCACCAGCAGCCUUAAUAACUGGUACCGGUUGUUCUUGGUUCCUGGUGCCUCUCACUGCAACACCAAUUCAUUGCAGCCAAACGCCCCCUUCCCACAGACCAGUCUUGGCUCCCUUAUUGACUGGGUGGAGAAGAGUGAGAUGCCCAACACUCUCAACUCCACUAUUCUAUCUGGUUCGCGCAAAGGUGAACAGCAGCAACUUUGCGCUUGGCCCUUGCGCCCCCUCUGGAGAAACAAUGGCACUACCAUGCACUGUGUUUUUGACAAGCCCUCGUAUGAUACUUGGAUUUACGAUCUUGACGCUUACCCUCUGCCGCUUUACUGA